CUCAUUAACAUAUCGCUUAUAAUUUCACGUUUUAUUAAUCCUAAAUCUAAUGUCCGAGAUAUAUGUUGAAAUUGAAUUGAAGAUCGGUAUUUGUCGAAUACGGAAUUGUUUCGUACAUUUCCUUACGAGUAUUUGAUAUAAUUUUGCCCGUUCAUGAAAAAUUUUCCUCUUUUUCUCUGUAUUCUUAGGAUGGAAUUGUUAAAGUUAAAGAAUAAAUAUAGGCAAUUACAAAAACAAGCGAUGAAAGAUGCUAAACAAAAACUGAAGAUCGAGUUUGAGGAAAAGAAUUUAGAGUGUUCAACUGCAGAAGUUCCACAGCGAAAAAUAAAGGAUAAAGUGAAUUGUAAAAUAAAAAAUGAUGAUAACGAUGAGAAAAAACUUCCUGAAAAACUUGAGCGGCAUAAUGGCGUUUUUCUAAGAUUUAAAUCAAAUGAAAAUGUUGACUCAAAAGAGGUACUGGACAUAUUUUCAACAAUUACCACUGUAGCUUAUCUUGAAAUGAAAUAA